CUGUCCGUUAAAAAGGGCAGUACUUCACUCGGUACCUGACGUAUACAGAAAGUUCUUCCCAUCGUGUAAUCGAUUUAUAUUAAACAUGUAAUUGCAGAUAAGGAAGAAUAGGGUCACUCUAUUUUAAGCGCAUCCGGUGAAGGCAUAUUACCCCAAGGGGUGGGGUCUGCUGUCAUUUAAAGCCAAAGAAAUGAAAAAGCUAUGGUGAUCACGUAAGAGAUAUCACUGAAUAAUAUAACAAUGGCGCGACCUAUUGUACCUAGUCAACAAAAGUUGGCUGAAAAGCUAACUAUUUUAAAUGACAGAGGUAUUGGAAUGUUAACCCGUAUUUAUAAUAUAAAGAAGGCAUGCGGUGAUGCGAAAUCAAAGCCUGGUUUUCUGUCUGAUAAAACUUUAGAGUCUUCUAUAAAGACAAUUGUCAAAAAGUUUCCUAAUAUUGACAUUAAGGCGCUCCAAACAAUUACAAAUUUACGCAAUGAGAUUAUCAAAUCUCUGUCUCUAUACUAUUACACAUUCGUCGAUCUACUAGAUUUCAAAGACAAUGUUUGUGAACUUUUAACUACAAUGGAUGCUUGCGGUGUUCACAUGGACAUCACAAUAAACUUCGAUUUAACCAAAGGGUAUUUAGACUUGGUUGUUACGUACGUGAGUUUGAUGAUACUUCUAUCGCAAGUAGAAGAUCGUAAAGCAGUUCUAGGGUUGUUUAAUGCAGCCCACGAAAUGGUUCAUAGCCAAUCCGAUCCCAGUUUUCCUCGUCUGGGUCAAAUGAUCAUGGAUUACGAUGCGCCGCUAAAGAAACUAUCAGAAGAAUUUGUUCCACAUUCUAAAUUAUUGAAAAAUGCCCUCACUUCGUUGUGGCCUAUUUAUCCAGGAAGAAACUUGUCUGCAGACACAUGGAGAGCAGAUAAAAAGCUAAGUCUGGUCGACAGUCCUGGAAAGAUACUUAAAGCAGUGGCAACCGAUACCAUGUCUUGCGAAACUUUGAGCUUAGACAGAAUAGAAAGAUGGGUUAUUUUAGGUUUCACGCUUUGUCACUCAUUUUUAAGCCAAGAACAGCCUAGUAAACUCUGGACCACAGCUUUAGAGUCGGGUUGGGUUUUAGCCUUGUUCAGAGACGAAGUAAUUUAUAUUCAUCAAUAUAUACAAGUAUUUUUUGAAAGUAUAAAAGGAUAUAGCAAGAGAGUAUCCGAAGUGAAAGAAUGCUAUAAUCAAGCUGUACAGACAGCUGGUUACAGACACAGAGAAAGAAGAAAAUUUUUAAGAACAGCAUUGAAAGACUUAGGGUUAAUUUUAACCGACCAACCAGGUCUUUUAGGACCAAAGGCAUUGUUGGUUUUAAUGGGACUCUCUCACGCCAGAGACGAAGUUCUAUGGCUUUUAAGACACGGCGUUAACCCUCCGACGCAAGGGAAAAGUAAAGGUAGAGGUGGAGAAGAUUUAGUAGAUCGUCAGUUGCCGGAAUUGCUGUUUCACUGUGAAGAAUUAAGAGCAUUAGUAAAGAAAUAUUCUCAAGUACUGCAGAGGUACUACGUGCAAUUUCUGUCGGGAUUCGAUGCUCCUGCUUUAGAUCAAAUGAUUCAAAAUCUUCCAGUGUGCCCCGAAGACGAAGGAGCAAUUCUGAGCGACAUGUGUUCGAAAAUAGCUAGUCUAACUGUAAAACAAGUCGAGGAUAACGAACUUUUCGACUUCCGCGCAUUUCGUUUGGAUUGGUUUAGAUUACAAGCGUAUAUGUCUAUUGCAAAGUGUAACAUGAAUCUUGCCGAUAAUAGAGAAUUAGCGUCCUUUAUGGACACGGUAUUAUUUCAUACCAAAAUGGUAGAUAAUUUGGAUGAAAUGUUGGUAGAAACAUCCGACUUGUCUAUCUUCUGUUUCUACAGUAAAGUAUUCGAGGAUCAAUUUCACAUGUGCUUAGAAUUCCCCGCUCAAAACAGAUACACCGUUGCAUUUCCCUUAAUAUGCAGCCACUUCCAAAGCUGUACACACGAACUCUGUCCAGAAGAACGUCAUCAUAUCCGUGAAAGAAGUCUUUCCGUCGUCAACAUGUUUUUAGACGAAAUGGCUAAAGAGGCAAAGAAUAUUAUCACAGCAAUUUGCGACGAACAAUGUAACAUGAGCGACAAGCUGUUACCAAAACAUUGCGCUUUAUUGAUCUCGCAAGUGGUGAAUCGUAAGAAGAAAGACAAGAAUAAGAAAAACAUGUACGAGAUUCACAAACCGGGUAUAGAAAGCUACAGAAAGACCAGGGAAGAGCUCACCACUAUGGAUAAGCUUCAUAUGGCAUUAACGGAGUUAUGCUACGCUAUCAAUUACUGCCCUACUAUCAACGUAUGGGAGUACACCUUUGCACCAAGAGAAUAUCUGCAUCAGCAUUUAGAAUCAAGAUUCGCCAGAGCACUUGUUGGCAUGGUCAUGUACAAUCCAGAUACUAGUGAAAUCGCUAAGCCGUCGGAACUCUUCGUUAGCGUUAGAUCUUACAUGAACGUCCUUCAGACUGUUGAGAAUUAUGUACACAUAGAUAUAACGCGUGUAUUUAACAAUGCUCUCCUCCAGCAAACGCAAGAAUUAGACAGUCACGGUGAUAAAACUAUUGCUUCUCUGUACACGCAAUGGUAUUCCGAUGUUUUGCUGAGAAGAGUCAGCGCCGGGAACAUUUGUUACUCGGGCAAUCAGAGAGCGUUCGUCAGCUUAUCGGUGGAAGGCGCGAUACCUUUCAACGCAGAGGAAUUCUCCGAUAUCAAUGAAUUGAGAGCAUUGGCCGAACUGAUCGGACCGUACGGCAUGAAGAUGCUAAGCGAGAAUUUAAUGUGGCACAUAGCGAGUCAAGUCCAGCAGCUGAAGAAGCUGGUCGCCGGCAACAAAGACGUUCUAAUCGCUUUGAGAACAAACUUCGAUAAGCCGGAAGUGAUGAAGGAGCAGUUCAAGAGGCUGCAGCAAGUCGAUAACGUACUACAACGAGUUACGAUCAUAGGUGUAAUUCUGAGUUUCAGACAGUUAGCGCAAUCUGCGCUGGUCGACGUCCUGGAAGAACGUAUACCGUUCCUUUUGAGCUCGAUCCUAGACUUCAGACAUCAUUUGCCUUCCGGCGAUCCGAUGCGUGUCGUCUCGGAAAUGACGUCAGCGGCAGGUCUAACUUGCAAAGUCGACCCAACGUUGACUGCAGCACUUAGAAGUCAGAAAUCCGAGGUAGAUGAAGACGAGCAUUUGCUCGUCUGUUUGCUGAUGGUCUUUGUGGCGGUUUCGAUUCCGAAAUUAGCGCGAAACGAGAACUCGUUUUAUCGCGCAUCUCUCGAAGGACACUCGAAUAAUAUACAUUGUAUGGCGACUGCUAUAAACAACAUUUUCGGUGCGUUAUUCACUAUCUGCGGUCAAAACGAUAUCGAGGAUAGAAUGAAAGAAUUCCUUGCUCUAGCGUCAUCUAGCUUGCUCAGAUUAGGUCAAGAAGCCGACAAAGAGGCGAUUAAAAACAGAGAAUCGGUGUACUUACUGCUGGACCAAAUUGUCCAGGAAUCGCCAUUCUUAACGAUGGAUUUAUUAGAAAGUUGUUUCCCAUAUGCAUUAAUACGCAACGCGUAUCACGACGUGUACAAGCUGGAACAUUCACAGCCAUAAACACAUAGGUACACAAUGUACUUUUAGCUUGCCACUCAGGGCUACUUUUUUACGUCCAGAUUUAUUGAAUAUUAUUUAAAACACGGCAUUUUUGUAUAGAUCAAUAUCCUUCUAUUUCAUAUUUGAUACCUGGCUUUGGAUAUACUAUGACAUAAGUACUAUGCUUUGUUUAUCAGUAUUCCGUUGUAUAUCGUACUGGUACAUAAAGGGAUGUUUUAUAUUACAUAGGCGAAGUGUAAAAUGCUGUCUGUCUCAGAAUCGAAACACGUAUGUAUCGUAAAAUAGAUAUCACUCUAUCCGCUACGUUUUUUCUAAUGUACAAUUGUAACUUUUACAAUAGUUUAUAAAAUAAAUAAAAUUAUCUACA